GUUUUAUCUGUGGGUAACAUCAGAGCCUUGUCACCAUGUCUGGCGGUCCGGCGGUGAGAGUCAGCAUCGAGUCAACCUGUGAGAAGCAGGUGCAGGAAGUGGCUCUCGAUGGGACAGAGACGUAUGUCCCCCCUCUGUCCAUGUCCCAGAAUUUGGCGAAGUUGGCUCAGAGAAUUGACUUCAGCCAGGGAUCCGACUCCGAGGAGGACGGGGCCGAGGGUGAAACCAGGGACCGCGAAUGGGGCAAGCAGGAAACAGAGGAGGAAGAAGGCACGGUGAAGUUUCAGCCAUCUCUCUGGCCGUGGGACUCGGUGCGUAACAACCUGCGCAGCGCCCUGACGGAGAUGUGUGUCCUCUACGACGUGCUCAGCGUGGUGAAGGAGAAGAAGUACAUGGCCUUAGACCCCGUGUCUCAGGAUCCAACAGCUGGCAAGGCGCCUCAGGUUUUCCAGCUGAUCAGUAAAAAGAAGUCGUUAGCCACGGCAGCUUCUCUCCUCCUGAAGGGAGCAGAGAAGCUCACCAAGUCGGUGACGGAGAACCAGGAGAACCGGAGGCAGCGGGAUUUCAACUCGGAGCUGCUGCGACUUCGCUCGCAGUGGAAACUACGCAAAGUAGGAGACAAGAUCCUGGGAGACCUCAGCUACCGGAGCGCAGGUUCUCUGUUUCCUCACCACGGCACGUUUGAGGUGAUCAAGAACACGGAUAUUGAUCUGGACAAAAAGAUCCCAGAGGACUACUGCCCCCUUGAUGUCCAGAUCCCCAGCGAUCUAGAGGGAUCCGCUUAUAUCAAGGUGUCCAUUCAGAAACAAGCUCCAGACAUCGGUGAUCUGGGAACAGUCAAUCUGUUCAGGAGGCAACCGAAAUCCAAAGCCGGUACUCAGUCCUGGCACGUGAAGCUGGAGGCGGCACAGAACGUUUUGCUCUGUAAGGAGAUCUUCGCUCAGCUGUCCAGAGAAGCCGUGCAGAUUAAAUCCCAGAUCCCUCACAUCGUGGUGAAGAACCAGAUCAUCUCACAGCCGUUCCCAGGCCUGCAGCUCUCCAUCUCACUCUGCCACUCCACUGGAGAGAAGAAGAACCAUCGGUCGUCUCCGGAGAAACCCAAACCAGACGACCACCUGUACGUGCUGGAGCACAACUUGCAUCAAAUGAUGAGAGAGUUCCACAAGCAGCAGCUGAGCUCUGUGGUGAUGCCUCAUCCUGCCAGCGCUCCCUUCGGCCACAAACGCAUGCGCCUGGCGGGACCGAUGGCUUACGACAAAGCUGAAAUCGCCAGUUUGCAGCAGAACGAGGGUCUGCUGGAGAAGAUCAUCAAACAGGCCAAACACAUCUUCCUACGCAGCAGGACGGCACGGACCAUCGACACCCUGGCCAGCCGCAUCGAAGACCCCCAGAUCCAAGCUCACUGGUCCAACAUUAACGACGUGUACGAGUCCAGCGUCAAGGUGCUCAUCACCUCUCAGGGCUACGAGCAGAUCUGCAAGUCCAUCCAGCUGCAGCUGAACAUCGGUGUGGAGCAGAUCAGAGUGGUGCACAGAGAUGGACGGGUCGUCACACUGUCACACCAGGAGCAAGAGCUGCAGGACUUCCUCCUCUCACAGAUGUCGCAGCAUCAGGUGCAUGCGGUUCAGCAGCUGGCCAAAGUCAUGGGCUGGCACGUCCUGAGCUUCAGCAACCAUGUCGGCCUCGGCCCGGUGGAGAGCAUCGGCAACGCCUCUGCCGUCACCGUCGCCUCUCCAAAUGGAGAGUACGCCAUCUCAGUGCGUAACGGUCCAGAGAGCGGGUGCAAAGUUUUGGUCCAGUUCCCCCGCAGCCAGACCAAAGAGCUGCCGAAGAGCGACGUCAUCCAGGACGGCAAGUGGAGCCACCUCAGGGGGCCGUACAAGGAGGUCCACUGGAGCAAGAUGGAGGGACGAAACUUUGUGUAUAAGAUGGAGCUCCUCAUGGCUGCACUGACUCCUUGUCCUUAGAUACAGUUUCUGUCUGCGGACUCUUU